AUGGUUACAGAUUUCAUAGCGACGUUUUAUCUCUUAUUGGCAAUCUUCAGUAGAACAUACGCUUCGCUGCAAUGUUUUAACGACUGUCAUUUUACUCAAUCGUUAGAUUCUCCACUGACCAUUCCAAAAGAAUGCAACAAGACUCGGUCUGAUACAUUAUGUCAAGUUUUAUCCAAGAUAGACUACAAGCAAAACUUGUUGAAAGUGACGCUCGGUCACGAAAUUUUCGAUGAUCGAAAACGAGCAUUGCUUGAUAAAUACGAUUAUACUCAAGAAACAACCACAAUUGAUUCAACAAGUGUUCGUACAACUCUAUUUUAUUCAUGCACAUUAGAAGAUCAAUGUGAAGGAAAAUUUCUACUCGAUACAGUAUCAAAAGUAAUUAAACAGGAUUAUACUUCCAUGCAACAAAGAUUAAUGGAUCUCUUGGGUUCUUCUGAACCGUCUUUAAUAACUUGUCGAACAUUCAAUCAAACGGUUCAGUGCAAUGGAACAUGUGCCAGUGAGCGUCUUCAAGUUAUAAAUGAGGAAACUAGUCAACCGUCGCAUAUACACGAUUCGCUCUUCUGUCGAUCUGACAAAACCUCACCAAAUGUGGUUAUCGUGACUGCAAAAGUACCAAGAAAUAACAGAACAAUACUUUCUCGUACGAUUGACUUUGACUGUUCGAAAAAUAAUUGCAAUAGUUUGGAAACAACAGAUCGUGUUGAGAAAAUUGUUAAUGAAAAUUAUAAAGCUUUUUACUAA